AGCAUCGGAGUGUGAAAGGGGUAAAAAAAACCGAAAUGUACAAUAGCAACUAGCAAGUGAAAGUGAAGAACGAUUUCAAACCUAAACAGACCACAAUACAACUCCCCCUCAUUCCAAACCUUUUCAGCCAACACAACAAUGGCUCUAAAACUCCUCCAUUAUCAGUCGCCAUUAAGGUAUGCUUACUUCUCUCUUUCUCUCUCUUCUUUACAACUUCGACUCUUUUCAUCAGAAAAAACCCCGUUUGAUCAUGAAGUUGACAAAGUUUUUCGCAUAAUCAAUGAUUCAUCUUCACCCCAGAAACUGAAACAAUCCCUAAAUUCAAGUGGGAUUUCUUUAUCAAAUCAACUUAUUGAUAAAGUUCUUAAAAGGGUUCGUUUCAGUCAUUCAAACCCACUUUUAGCUUUAGAAUUCUUCAAGUUAAUUGGAAAAAGUAAAGGGUUUUAUCAUACCCAAUUUUCUCUUGAUACAAUGCUUUAUGUUUUAGGUAGAACUAGGAAAUUUGAUCAAAUUUGGGAGAUUUUGAAUGAUGUUAAAAGGGAAGAUCGUAGUUUGAUUUCUCAUAGAACUUUACAGGUUGUUUUAGGUAGAAUUGCUAAGGUUUGUUCUGUUAGACAAACUGUAGAAGGGUUUAAGAAGUUUAAAAGACUUGUUCCUGAAUUUGAUACUAGUUGUUUUAAUGCAUUGUUGAGGGUUUUGUGUCAAGAGAAAACAAUGGUGGAUGCUAGAAAUGUGUAUCAUGGUUUGAAGGGUCAGUUUAAGCCGAAUGCAGUGACUUUUAAUAUACUUCUAUCAGGGUGGAGGUCGUCGGAGGAGGCCGAAGAGUUUUUCGAGGAGAUGAAGGAGUUGGGUGUGAAGCCGGAUGUUGUGACUUACAAUAGUUUGAUUGAUGUUUAUUGUAAGAGUGGAGAGGUUACGAAGGCGUACCAAUUGUUUAAUAAAAUGCAAGAGGAAGGGAUUUGUCCGGAUGUGAUCACAUAUACGAGUUUGAUUGGGGGUUUGGGUAAGGCAGGUCAGCCGGAUAAGGCUAGGGAUGUGUUGAGGGAGAUGAGGGAGUAUGGAUGUUACCCGGAUGCUGCAGCGUAUAAUGCUGCUAUUAGGAACUAUUGCAUUGCUAAGAGGCUUGGUGUUGCUUUUGAGUUGAUGAAUGAGAUGGUGGCCAAGGGGUUGAGUCCGAAUCCAACUACGUUUAAUUUGUUUUUUAGGGUGUUUUAUUGGUCGAAUGACUUGAAGAGUUCUUGGAGAUUGUAUCAGCAGAUGAAAAAAGACGGUUGCUUGCCAAACACGCAGUCCUGUAUGUUUUUAAUUAGGCUGUGUAAGAGGCAGGAACAGGUGGAUAUGGCACUUGAGCUGUGGAAUGACAUGGUGGAGAAGGGGUUUGGAUCGUUUAUAUUGGUGUCUGAUGUUUUGUUUGAUCUGCUUUGUGACGUGGGGAAGUUGGUUGAGGCGGAGACAUGUUUCUUGCAGAUGAUAAAGAAGAGACAAAAGCCAAGCAAUGUUUCUUUUAGAAGAAUUAAGGUGCUAAUGGAAUUGGCAAAUAAACAUGAAGCCUUAGAGAAUCUAUCACAGAAAAUGGCUAUUUUUGGACCACCUAUCCAAAUUCGCAAGCCAAAUGAGAACUUUGACGAUGCCACAACUUUGCGAUCAAUUGCUCGUUGAGUUAGACUGAGAUGUGAUAGUUUGAAUGUAUCAAGUCGCUACGGCUUUUCUGUGUUGAGCGUGUGACCCUUCCAUGGCUUAUAUCCUUUGAUAUUAAUUAUGCUUUGAUGCUCGCAGCUGUGUUGAUGAGGAGUCUUUUGGUUGUUUAUUGGCUCAACAGCUGAAAGCAGAGUUGUUAGUGUUGGAUGAAGAAUUGUGUAUUUUUUUGAACAAUCACGGCAUAGAGAUUCAGCCAUUCAGGGGCUCACAUUUCUAUCUGCUUGUAUGGCAUGCUGAGCAAACAGCUGAUUCACUGUGAUGGCCAGCACUGUCCCGUGCUGCUGUUUUUAGGCAAUGCUAGCAGCUAAUUGUCUCACGCGUUUGUUUAAAUAAGUAUGUCUGUGAGAAGCAAGCAUAUGGACCAAUCUAUUUCCAACUUCCUCAAGGCCUGUGCUUCCAGAAAAGCUCAAAGCAGCAAACCUCAAUGCCGGAAACCCACCCAAAAUAUUUUCCACAUGGUAGAUUCACCCCAAGAAAAAAUGUGUUAGUCAGGACACCCUAUUUCAGCAUACCCAUUGAAUAAUUAACUGUUUCUACAGUUCUACCAGUUCUACCUCUUGGUGCUUGUAAGUUGUAACAAAUAUCCCAAUUCUCCUCAUAGUUGCUUGGUGGGCUUGCUGCAAAUUAUUAACCUGACCUUUGGACCACCAAAUGGAGCUGAUACGGUGCUAUCAAAGAGGUUUAAUGUGUACACAUACUGGCGCAUACUGCAGUUUCUGCUAUAAAAGAUGUUUACUGGUAAUCAUUAUAUGUAAAUGUAACUAACAUUUAUGGAAAAGCAAGAGACAGCAGGAUGUUCCAGAUGAUAUUGAAUCACCCUAAUUGAUUUGCAAGUUAUGGUUCUUUGUCU